GUAUCCUUCGGGUUUGUAGUAACGUCGCACGCGCAAUAAAGUCCUCUUAUAAAGCACCCUAGGCGAUUUUUUUGCUAAAAUAAAAACAUAGUGUGACGUAUAUAAUAUAUUUCAAUAAUUUAUAACCUAUCAUUUUUUAUAAUUACAUUUUUUUUAAAUAAUGGCGCUUGUAAUGAGGCAAACAGUGAAACUUUUUUUUUAUCUAAAUGAUGAAAUUACUGAUCCAAGAACAAAAGAUUGGCCUUUAAUAGGCUCUCCUUUUCCCGGUCUAUUACUACUUGCUAUUUACUUACUAACGGUAUUAAAGUGGCUCCCUCAGUUUAUGGAGAAAAGACCCGCCUAUGAUCUUCGUAAAUUAAUAGCCUACUACAAUGCCGUUCAAGUAUUCUGUUGUGGGUACGUCGUAUACCAGAGUCUAAAGUUGGGGUGGCUUAAUCACUAUAAAUUAAUAUGUCAGCGAGUGGAUGACGGUCCGCUAGUUAUGGAAUACGCGUGGAAAGUCUGCUACGCCUACUUUGUUAUCAAACUGGUGGAUCUUUUCGAUACGGUAUUCUUUGUCCUGAGGAAAAAACAAAACCAGGUGUCAUUUUUGCACGUGUACCAUCAUUUCGGAAUGGUAGCUGUAGCGUGGGGUAUGGUAAAAUGGUUACCAGGUGGCCACUACACAUUUCUGUUACCGCUCAAUUCAUUUGUACACAUAAUUAUGUACAGUUACUAUUUACUGACAACAUGGGACGAGUCAUACAAGAAGUCUUUAUGGUGGAAAAAGCAUGUAACGCAAAUUCAAAUCUUGCAGUUCACACUUAUACUUUUGCACUUCAUGGCAAUAGUGUUUGCUGCAGAUUGUGAUUUUCCACGUGAACCGGCAUACAUCCUCAUUCCACAGAACCUAUUUAUGGUGAUUUUGUUCAGUGAUUUCUACUACAGAUCAUAUAUCAAAACAAACAAAUCUACCAAAAAGGGGUAAACUGUAAAAGUAAUUUGUAAUAAAAACUAGUUUGUAAUAAAUUUUUAUAUAAUUCGUUUAGAUUAAAUAUAUUUGUUAAUUACUUGUGUUAUGUUAUAAUCAGGAAAUGCUUGUAAAUAAUCUAAUUG